CUACCCAGUGACGUUCUCUUACCAAAGUAACCAGGCCAGUCGAUUACGCACACAAAAGGCAAAACAAAAGCCCGUGCUGGGAAAAAUGAGAUCCGUCAGAACCCAGAGGACACAACAAUAAGUUCUCACCUGGUAGCAUCAGAAAUGGACCAGAGGCAGGGGCGACGACAAUCACUUAUUUAACUCCAAAAGCAUCAAGUGCUGAAAAAAACAUCCAUCUGGUUCGUUGUUCAGCAAGCAGUUUUUUUGCCGAACUGCGCUUUGCUCAGAUCCGAUCCAGGUGGCUUGAUUUUCUCCUGUGGUCAAGUUCAGCAGAGCUGCAACUCUUCCAGUGCCAGCCCUGACGCCACUGAGGAGCCCUGCCAAACUGACAUGGUGAAGAUGACCAAGUCUAAGACCUUCCAGGCUUACUUGCCAUCUUGUCACCGUACUUACAGCUGCAUCCACUGCCGGGCACAUUUAGCCAACCAUGAUGAGCUAAUCUCAAAGUCAUUUCAAGGCAGUCAAGGAAGAGCCUAUCUCUUUAAUUCAGUGGUUAACGUCGGCUGCGGGCCAGCUGAGGAGCGGGUACUCCUCACAGGUUUACACGCUGUGGCUGAUAUCUACUGUGAAAACUGUAAAACCACCCUUGGCUGGAAAUAUGAACAUGCGUUUGAGAGCAGUCAAAAGUAUAAAGAGGGAAAGUUCAUUAUCGAGCUGGCUCACAUGAUCAAGGACAACGGAUGGGAGUGACACUUCAGGCACACCUUUUGUUGUCUCACCUUGGAAUGCUUUUUAUCAAACUCCAUGGAGCUGCAACCAUCAACUAUCCUGACUGUCCUUCCCCAACACCUCACUCACUUUCCUCCCAAAAAAACAAACAUUUUUUUUAAAGACCUCCAUGUACCUGCACUCCCUGGCUUCCUCCACAUGCGCCCACCCACCUGCUCAUUGUUAUAAAGAACGAAUGAACAGCGAUUGGGAAGUGGAGCAACUCAUGUCACAGGAGUCACGCUGUCUCUCUGAAGUGUCUGUUCUCUGCAGCUGCAGACCAUUUGGGUAUGAUCCCUACUCUCAACCCACCACAAAUCUUCCCUACUGAGGAACACUUAAAAGUGAUUUUGGUGAUCUGGCAACCACUGUAAGAAGACAGACCUUACUGAUAGGAUAUUCAUUUAUUUCUUUAUUUUGCUCAAUUAGCAAAUUGUCAUAGUUUAAACUUCUGUGUUUGUUGAUGCUUUUGUUUAAUGGCAGAUGGAUGUUACUAGUGAGGGCUUUAUUUCACUGUCAAGUUUGUUUUAGUUUUUUUUUUUUUGUUUGGGUUUUGCUUGAUGUAUCUUUGUCUUUAGCAUUGUUUUUUUUUGCUAAAGUCCAAAUUAGCAAUCAGGGACGGGUGAGGAGUUUAAUAGUUACAAAUAUGUAGCAGAUAUUGCUUAUUUUUUCUUUUAAGGGGUAAAGGACAGAAAUUCCAUAAUAUAGGAUUUAAAAUGGAUGUUUCCUUCUCUCUUUAACCUUAAUUCUUUCCGUAAAUUUUUCCCUGUGUGGUACAUUUCAGUCCCCAAAAAGCAAUGAAAGGAGCACCUGGUAUUGGUUGACAACUAUUAGUGUGUCUCUAUAUAUAUGUGUAUAUAUGUGUGUGUGUAUGUGUUUACGUACACACACAUUAUACAUUAUUGGUAGAGGGUUAAUUGCGAUUGUGGCUGGUCCCAUUUUGCAGCCGCACAGGACUAAAAAAGACCCAAAACAGUUUCACAGAAGGGAAGUUGAGAUAAGUAUCCACAUGUCAAACCACAGUUUGGCAAACUGUAUUGUAAUAAUCCCAUUGUCGAGUUAUGAAACAAUGCAAGACACAUCUGCAAAUGACUAAAUGAAUACUAUGAUGUUCGUAGUAUGUAAAUUAUUGGAACAUGGUUUCUAUUUCUCUCUAAGUGUAUAUAUACAUGUAUAUGUAUAUGUAUAUAUAUCUACCUCUCUCUCUCUCUCUCUUUCUUUCUCUCUCUCUCUCUCUCUCUCUGUCUCUCUCUCUCUCUCUCUCUC